AGUUCGACAUCGACCACGCCGCUGUUAGGGUCGGUUGUGUCAAAUUUUUAUUUCAAUUUUUAUUUUUCAAAUAAUAUACUUAAAAUUUUUAUUUAAUUUUAAAUUAUUAUUUUAUUAUUAUUAAUAAAUAUAAAUUAUUAUUUAUUUUAAAUAAAUAUUUAAUUAUUAUUUUCAAAUUAUUUGUGAUUGUGUUUUUUAUUAUUUUUUUAAAAAAAAAUAAUACAUUGUGUUUUUAAAUUUAUAUUUUAAUUACAAUUAUUUUGUGAAUUUUUUUAUAUUAUUUAACUAAUUUUUUAUUUAAUUUUUUUAUUUAUUGGUGAUUUCAACGAUUGACAGACAAUGUUGUUUGUCGGUGUUUUUAUUAUUCAACUGUGUUGGAGUUGGAGGCUAGCAGUAAUUGGCACCUCAACUCCAAAUUUUUAAAAUCAAUUUAUUUUUUUUUUUUUUUUUUAUAAAUAAUUAAUUAUUUAAAUAUACAUUGGUUUAAUUGGUUGUUUUUUUUUUUAUAUAAAUAAAUUUGCUAUUAAUGUGAAAGUGAAGGUGGUCGAUUUUUAUAAGAGUGAAUUUCCGGGAUUUUUGUGUGGCGCCUGUGGGAUUAAGCCUUUCGUGGAAUCUGUCAAGAUAAAAAAAAAGACAAAUAUAACGAUGGAUGACUUAAGUAUUUCUGGUAGUUCAGCAUCAAAUCCAAGCUCAAGUGCAAAUGACAUGGAUUGGUUUUCUGGUGUUGCUGAAGAAGAAUUACUUUAUUAUACAAGUAAUGAUGUUGAUUCAUUAUGGGCUGUGAUUGGAAAUUUUGUACCACCUCCACCAAGACCACCAUAUUUACCAGAAGAAGCAAUUGCAACUGAUGGCUUAACUACCUGUGAUUUGUGUACCUGGGCAUUGCGAAAUGACAGGCAUUCAUCAUUUUCACUUGAUGGUACAUUGGAAGCAUCUGGAGAAUUUGGAUGGUUACUUACUUUAGUCAUUGUUUCACUUAUAUCAGCAGCAAUUGGAGCUGUUGUUAUGGUUACUUUACUUCACUGUCGAAGAAUGAAGAGUUCUGGUGGCAGAGCAAACUGUUGUGGUGUUGAUGAUGAAUCAAAUCCUCAAGAAGCACUUGGUGGUGGUGCUGGUGGUGUAGCUGGUGGUGUUUCAGUUAUUCCUGAUAGACCACCAUUGGAACUUGACAAAUUACCACCGUAUCAUGAUGUAACACCAACACCAGUUUUAUAUUUUUAUCCAUCAGGACACAAUGUAUGGUCAUGGCUUGGUUCACGUCGUGGUGGUGGUACUGCUGGUGUUGUAACAACACCAUUAAAUUUACCACAACAUCGUUGUCAAAUAAAUAUACCAGUUGAAAAUCAUUAUACACAUAUGCAAACUGAUGAAGCAUUAUAUGCUGAAUUAGAUUCACAAACAGCAAGUUAUGCUAGUGAUUUACAAUUACAAUUACGUAGUAGUUCAACAUAUGACGAUGGUGGUUUAAUGCCUGGUGAAGAUGAUGAUUAUCAUGAACUUGAUGCUGCUAGAUUACAUCGUAGAUAUGGUAACAAUGAGACUGAUACAUUAAAACGUGAUUCUGGAAGAACACAACAUAGUCAAAGAUUAAAAGAGCCAGACUACGAAAUGUAUGAAAAUGGACCAUCAACACCAGUUCCACCAAUACAUUUACCAAAUAAUAUUAUAAAUAAUAAUAAUAAUAAUCAUAGUAAUCAUAAUAAUAAUAAUAAUAUUAAUAAUAAUAGUAAUAGUCUUCAUCAUCAUCAUAAUCAUCAUCAUCACCAUCAUAAUCAUAAUCAUCAUAAUCAACAAAUACGUUCAUCAAGUACAAAUGAUAUUAAUCCGUCAUAUCAAAAUACAGCAUAUACUGGUAGUGAUGCUGAACUUGAUGGACAAUUAUUAAGUAGUGCACCAAGUAGUGCAUAUUAUAGUGAUCUUAGCUCAAAUUCAAAUAAUCAUAGUACAACAAAUAAUUGUAUGACAUUACCAAUAACUAUGAAUUCAAUUAAUCAUGAACAAACAAUACAUUAUAGAUUGGCAUCAAUUAAUGAAACAACAACAACAACACCUUCUGAUUAUAUUUGAUAUAUGUCUAUGAGAAAAACAAACAGAAGGUAUAAAUUAAGAAUUGAUUAGGUGAAAUUGUUUUAUUAUUUUUUUGUUUUUUUUUCUAUUUAAAAAAUCAACAAAGACAAAAAGGGAGAACAAAUUAAUUAUGUUGUUUUUAUAUUUAAAUUUUCUUUUUUUUUGUUUGAAACAUAUCAAUCUGAAUAAUGUUAAAAUAGUAUAUCAUUAGAUCUUCUCAUUUUAAAUUCAAUUUUUUUGUUUUAUUUUUGUUUCGUUUUUUUUUUUUUAAUUUAAUAGCAGAAUGAAAUUUGCACAGUACGAAUGAAGUUAUUUCGUGGAACAGGUGUUUCGUAAUUUGAUGGUUUACAUUCACAUACACACACGUGUAUAUAAACAUUUAUACUGACAAGUGUAUAUAGGUAUAAGCCUGUAAGGGAAUAACCACUCUUCUCUUCUUCCCAUUUUUAUUUUUUCUGCUCUCACAAUUUUUUUAUUCUCGCAUUUUGCUCUUCACCAUGUUCAAUGGCCUCAAUCUCAGCCAUUAUAAAUAUAUAUAUAUAUAUUUUAUUACUAUUUUAUAUAUCACAACCAAUAGCAAGUUAAAAAAUUGAUUUAAAAAAUUUUUAUUCACUUAUUUUAAUAACGAAAUAAAAAAAAAAAAAGAAAAAAAUGUAUUUCGAAUUCAACUUGUAUAUAUUUUUAAUCAUUUUAUUUUGCAUUGAAAAAAUUCUUUUUUAUUUUUCGUUAAAGAAAUUCGUUGAGAGAGUUAAAAAAGUAAAUAAGAGAAAAAAAAAAAAUUGAAAAGAAAAUAUGCUGAUAAGUAUUGAGUAGGGAUAUCAUUAGUGUCCUUGAUACGUUUUACAUGUAUAUACGAAGAAUCAAGACAGCUUGCCUCCAUACUUACACGCACUUUAAUUUAUUAUCAAGUUGAACAACAACCGUGGCAAAAGACACUGUGGGUGCUUGCGGCUUGACUUUUAUUUAACAUUUUGUUUUUUUAAAUUUUUUAAACAUUAUUAUAUAUUUUAUUAGUUUUUUAAACAUUACUUUUUUUUUUUUAAAUAUUAUUUGUGUGCGUGUAUGUAUGUGGGGUGAAUGAUUUUGCUCGUCGAUUUAUACAAGUGUGUAAAAGACAAAGAUAAUUGUGCAACAGAUGCAACAAUGCUAUUGUGUGUAUGUAUAUAGUAUUCCUCGCGGGCACGCAGUAAUUAAUUGCAAUGCUCGCGGUCACAAAAAAAUAGAAGAAAAAAAAAAAGGGUGGUUGGGAGGA